GCAUCUUUAUCGCUAACCCCGCGAGCCCGUGAGGGGCUUCCCAUUAGCCCGCGUGGGUUGCUCCACUUGGGCCUUACACGGUGGCUGCUGACUGGCUUAUACUCAGACCCGACUGCUAUUCGGGCGGAGAUACCCGGGAAAAUAAGGAAUGGAUCGUCUCCAAUCAGACGGAUGGGUUGGAUGUGGUAUACUUGCUCCUGAGACUUAUAUACGACCCCGGAAUCCCCUCGACGGCCGGGUUGUUUCCUCGCAAACCCUGCACAGAUUUUCUUCAGCGAGCGCUUGAAUUUAUCAUUUCAAACUUAUCUGUCCUCAUCAUCCAUCAUGCAGUUGAAGGCUCGAGGUCCCACGAAGCUUGAUCUCCGGGGAAGCCCUAGAAAGAUCGGCUUCCAACAUGGCCUGCAACUGCAGCGUCAAAUCAAGGAUCAAAUCUCCGUCUAUGAGGAGAUGUUCAGCUUCACCUCCCAGGUGUCCUGGGAAACGGUCAAGGACUAUGCCAGGGAGUUUCAGGUGACCCUCCAGCGCUUGACCCCGGAUCUUUACUCCGAGAUGGAAGGGAUCGCCGAGGGCGCCGGACUGGACGUCCUGGACAUUGUCGCGCUCAACUGUCGAAGCGAGCUGGCCCUGGAGCUGUACACAAAUGUUGCAGACGGCUGUACAAGUGUCUCGUGGAAGAAGAGCGAGAAUUCCCGACUCUUGGCACAGAACUGGGACUGGACGUCUCUGGUGUCAGGCAAUAUCGUGCUCAUGUCCGUUGAGCGCGAGGGAAAGCCCAAGGUGUACAUGGUAACGGAGGCCGGGGUCGUCGGUAAAAUCGGAUUCAACAGCGCUGGAGUCGGCGUAGGUCUCAAUGCCAUCAAAGCGCGCCCGUGCGAGACCUCCAAGCUCCCAAUCCACGUCGCGCUGCGUCUCUGCCUAGAGAGCACGUCCGUCGACCAAGCACUGAGCACGAUCUCCAAGCUCGGUGGUCUCGCCUCCGCGCAGUACAUCGUUCUCGCGGACAAUGAACGGUCGUUGGGGCUGGAGCUCUCGCCUUUGGGCGACUUUGUUCUCGAAGAAGACGACAAUGGCAUCGUCACGCACACCAACCACUUUAUCGCGAACCGUUCGAUCGGUGACGAGCCAUGGCAGCCCGAUUCGGACACCCGGCUGCGGCGCGUGCAACAGCUGUGCAGCGAGCUGAUGGACGAUGGCGUGCACGGGAAGCACGCUACGCCCGCGAUCCUCCGCGACCGGAUCUUCUCCGACAUGUACAACAUGCCCAACUCCAUCUGCCGACAGGCGGAUCUCACGCGGCACCCGACGAUGCGUAGCUCGACGCUGUUCAACAUCGUCAUGAACCUUGAGCCUGACAAUCUGAGGGCCGAGGUUGUAAUCGGGCAACCAGGGUCGGGUAUUGAGAGUUCAGUGGUCACUAUGCCAUGGGCUUAGAUUGACUUUUCUUCCAUGACUUGUCACUUUUGGGGGUUUUACUUCUUUCUGCGUUGUCAUAAUUAGCUUGGAGUUCAAGAGUUAGGAUGGUUUACACAUACCCAAUUUGUAACAAAUUUUUACCUAUUUUAUGAUUGCUACAUGAAUAUCUUGAAUAUCCUACAUCAAUAUUCCAAAGUUACAUGUACACUGGGAGUGAUAGAUAUCAUAAGACAUGCACCG